UGCAUCCCCCCUACCCCUCCCAAUAUUACGUCGGUUCCACAGACCGGCGGCGCCCCGCGCCCGUGCCCACCAGUCAGUCCGCCGCUUCCUGCUUUCCGCGAGCCUCGCCGGCUUCAUCUGCCACGCCUCCAUCUCCUCUGCUCGGGGAGCUCGUCUCGCUCGGAGAAGCCCAGAUCUUCGCGGCGUCCUCCAUUCCGGGCCGGCGGGCCGCGUGCGCUAGCACUGCCGGAGCGGAUUCGAGGCGAGUUUUCGGGACAUUUGUGUUAUUCCCCUCGAGUUAUGCGAAGAACGGAAGGUUUGUGAAAUUCCGUCGGAGUAGAUCUUUGCCAUGGUUGUUGGGUAAAGGAAAUGGCGCAUUUGGGGGAUAUAAGCUGCUGCGGGUGUGGUUUGUGGUCACAUGGCUCUGCUCCUGUUAGCGUAAACGCGUCUACGCAGUCCUCACGAAUUAGAGUGCACGCGGUGUCUCUGGAUUAUCCCACUACGACUGAGCAGAAAAAUGAGAGAAGUCUAGUGGUGAUGCGGCCAGGCCACAGACUACGGGAUGAUUCUGUAGAUGCUGGUGCAGCCCAGGGAAGUAGCAGAACAUCUGCAGAAAUUGAGAAGGCUGUCUCAUCCCUGGAAACAAACCGGAGAAAGCUGUUGAAUCAGCAAACCAUGCCAAAAAAACCCUUGAAUUAUAACUCAGACAAGGUAGCAAAUGGGGUAUAUUUCUCGAAGCAUAAAGCCGAGUGCUACGCUGACAGCUUCCGCAAGUACUGCAACAAUGGGAAGCUCAUUCAAGCUUGCCGUGUCAUUGAUGAGAUGGUGUUACAUGGCCAAGUCCCAGAUUCUAAGUGCUGUGUUAGAUUAAUCCGUGGGCUUGUGAGAACUGGUAAGGCAAACAAAGCUAAGCAUGUUCUUGAGGUCAUGGCACUUUCAGGCGGGGUUCCAGACACAAUCACCUGCAACAUGUUGAUCGCACAACUUUGCUGCGAAGGGCAGCUGAGUUCUGCGAUGAAAGUAUUGGAGGAUAUGAGGUUUACCGGUUGCUCUCCAAGUGGCAUCACUUUUAACACUUUGAUUAGGUGCAUGUGCAGCCAGCAUAUGUAUGACAGGGCAGUCUCCUUUUGGAAAGAGCAGUUAAGAAUAGGUUGGCCACCAUAUGAAAUGACAAGCACCUUGCUUGUUGAUCUUGUAUGCAAAAAAUGUGGUCCCAAGCAGGCCCUGGAAGUAUUAGAUGAACUUGCUUUGGAGGGAUGUCAACCAGAUGUUGUUACCUACAAUGCUCUUAUCAGUGCAUCAUGCAAAGCAGGCAGUUUGAAGGAUGCAGAGAUGAUAUUAACUCGUCUUGCAGCUGAAGGCCUUGAGCCAAAUAGUACAACCUAUUGCAUCUUGCUUCAUUCCCUCUGCGACAAGAGAAGGUGGUCUGAAGUAGGUGAUUUGCUUGCACACAUGAAGCAGGCAAAUCGUGAGCCUGAUGUUACUGCCUACAAUAUCUUUAUCAACUACUUCUGUAAGUAUGGACAUCUGGAUCAGGCAAUUGAUGUUUUAGAGAUGAUGGUGAGCAAGAAAUGCUUUCCUGAUAUAGUGACAUACAACACACUUCUGAAUGCCAUCUCUAAAAGGGGCACGGUUGAAGAAGCUCUUGGGAUUUUUCAUUCUAUCAGAGCAAAUGGAUGCCACGUGGUUCGUAUUACAUACAACACCCUCAUAGAUGCUUUAGCAAAGAAGGGUGAGGUUAUUAAAGCUAUGACUUUGUUUGAUGAGAUGAUCAGUGACAGGAUCAGUCCUGACGACGUCACUUACGGUUCACUUGUUAUGGGAUUCUGUAAGAAAAACAUGGCCAAGGAGGCACUGGAGCUAUUGAAUCAGAUGCUUGCUCUUGGCUUUGAGGUUAAAGCAACCACUUUUGUCAUGACGAUCCAGGCAUUGUGCAGAGAUUGUAAAGCAGAAGCUGCUGUUGAAAUACUGAGAGUAAUGGUAUCAAAAAAUAUUAACCUCAGGAGUGCAUUAUAUCUAUCUAUAGUCACAAGAGUUGCCAAGUCAGGCUGGCGUAAAGAGGCCCAAAUGCUACACCAGGAGUUAGUUGAGUGCAAGGUCCUUAAAGAAGAUUCCCAAUUUAUUUUGAGCAACUAGUUGAUAGAUUUCAAGAUCUUUUAAGUAACUCAGUAGUCAUGAUUCAUGAAAGUGAUGAAACAUGCAAAUCAGCUAACGCAGCAGAUAAUUUCUGGAAGUUUUGUAAUGUGCAUACUGUCUUCAGUAAGGUGCACUUGUUUGAGGGAGAGGACUGUUGGCCAAUACCACACCAUGAUGCUUGCUUGAUGGUUCUUGACAUAGAAUGGAGUCCGCGAUGUCAUGCUCCACAUUUGCUGCUUGUUUAAUCUCAUAAAGCAGCAACAUUGUUCAUUUACCCUGUUUCCGUGCCCUUCUUCAGCCCACAUUACCUCGCUAAACAUGUUUUUUGGCUGAUGAUUGAUUUUGUGCGCGCUUGUUGAGUAAUUAUCUUUGUUCAUAUAGCAAUCUCAAUGAAGCCUUGAUGCUCUA